AUGUAUUACAGUUCAGUGGUCAUUGCGCUUGCGUGCUUUCUCAAUACCAUUACUGCAAUUGGAUUCACAGGCCAAUUUAAAAACAUACCCAAUGAUGUACCAGAACUAGCUAAAGAGUUGCGUCAAACAAUUCCGAACUUAAAUAACUACCCUCUGAGGUUCAUGGUGGAUUUGUACAGAAUCAGUGAUAAGGGUAAAAAUCACAAUUUUAGACCUAUAUCAGCCAUUGUUGAUCAAAACUACCAGUUCAAAUAUAAAGAUUUAGCAAACGGGGAGUACGAAUUGAUUGCCAAUUCUUAUGACUUUACAUUUACAAAUAACAGGUUUAAGAUAAUAGUCGAUGACGGUAAAAUUGUGGCAUGUGAAAGUUAUUUGGGCCAAGAGCAAUCUAAUUCAUCUGAAGUUACAGAAAUCAAUCACCAAACUCCAUUGGAAAUAGAGUUUAAAGAGGUCAAGCAAUUUUACGAAAAAUCUGGUGGAACUGUAUACGAUAUGCUUCUCAAUAGUCCCUUUGGAUUUAUUUUCAAAAACAAGACAUAUACAAUAAUUUUCAUUGUGGUCUUGACGAUUUCAGUGGCACCUACAGUUGCUCAAUGGAUUAAUCCCGAGUUUGUUGAACAGUUCAAAGAAGUACAAGUGCAAGCAGCACAACUGAGAUUGGAAAAGUCAGAUGUCGCAGAAACUCAGGAUAAUCCAAUAGGGGUAGGCUCAACAGGAGCCAAAAAGUCUAGUGGAUCAGUUAAAAAGAGAAGAUAG